AUGCUCCACUCUCUGACCGUUUCCAAACUCAACUUUCAUAAAGAUGAAGCUCCAAGUGGAAAAAGACGCACCACGAAGACACAACCAGCGGGGCUUAGUGGGGUUGACAAUCCAGGAGAGAAACUGGACUGGCAGCGGAGAACUGCGAGCCCCAAGAUGCGCCAUUCAGAUGAACUCCACAACGAUGCAGGUGGCUACGCGGCCCACAGAGCCCAGCCCGCAGGAGCAGAAAGCCAGAGCAACAGCAGGGACUCCUGCAACGAGGAAACACCCUGCGGGAGCAUCUACAUGAAGUUCAAAAACAGGGUUGGGGAAGUGAUGACCGUGACCCAGGAUUUGGUCUCCGGACUUACUUCCUGGGACGGAUGUUCUGUCCAUGAGCCCCGGGUUCUAACUAGGAUGUGUGGGCUCCUGCUCCAGCAGGGUCCUGCUCCAGGUCAAGCCAGGAGGGCAUGGGACUGGGUCUCAGGAGACACAGCCUGUGAAAAGUCAGCAGCUCGUCCUGGCUCCCUGCCUGAGGCGUCACGGAAGCCCCGAGUCGUCCGGCUGUGCCACUCUGAUCACAGCGAAGGGCCCUGUGGCUCCAGCAUGUCUGCUUGGGGAGACAGUGGCUCGGCCACCCCCAUGUCCCCACUGCAAGUAUCGCAGGCUGGGACUGGCCAGCAUGUCCAGAACCAAUUUAGAAACCUAACCAGCAGCCCUGGCUUCCUGCUCCUGGGCUUCUCUGCACACCCAGAGCAGCAGCCUCUCCUGUUUGGGCUCUUCCUGACCAUGUACCUGGCCUCUGUGCUGGGGAACCUGCUCAUCAUCGUGGCCAUCGGCUCUGACCAGCACCUCCACACCCCCAUGUACUUCUUCCUGGCCAACCUGUCCUUCAUCGACACCUGCUUCUCCUGCACCAUUGUCCCCAAGGUGCUGGUCAACAUUCAGAUGCAGGACCACACCAUCUCCUACGCUGGGUGCCUCGUGCAGAUGUACUUCUUCAUGGCUUUGUCCCUUCUGGAUGACUUCCUGCUGGCCGUGAUGGCCUAUGACCGCUACGUGGCCAUCUGCCUUCCCCUCCACUACGCCACCAUCAUGCAUCCCCAACGCUGCCUGCUGCUGGUCGCCGCAUCCUGGCUCUGUGCCCACCUGCUGGCCUUCUCUCUCACUCUCCUCAUGUCUCAGUUCUCCUUCUGUGCCUCCCGCUCCAUCCCACACUUCUUCUGUGAUCUUCUCCCCCUCCUCAAACUCGCCUGUUCAGACACACAAGUCUUUGAAGUCAUGAUGUUUGCUGAAGCAGCGCUGUCAGGUGUGGUUCCAUUCACCUGUGUCCUGGUGUCCUAUGCCCACAUCAUCCACACCAUCCUCAGGGUCCCCUCCGCUGGAGCAAAGAACAAAGUCUUUUCUACCUGUGGCUCACACCUGACGGUGGUCACUCUCUUCUAUGGCACAAUAUUCCUAGUGUAUUUCCAGCCCUCAUCCUCCUACUCAGCAGACACCGGCAUGGUGGCAUCUUUGGUAUACACGAUGGUCACCCCCAUGCUGAACCCCUUCAUCUACAGCCUGCGGAACAGGGACAUGAAGGGGGCUUUGCAGAGACUCUGCAGCUGGGGGAAAUUCUCCGCUGACUGA